UGUUGAGUGUUGUGAAAUAUGUUUUGUGUCUCAUAAAAGUGUCCUAUUUUAAAAAUUAAAAAUAUCCUCUGGUUUCAUAAAAGGUAUUUUUUGGCAAAAUGAGAGUAGCUGUGAUUGGAGCAGGUGCAUCUGGGGUUUCUUCAGCAAAGCACAUCAAGGAAAAUGGAUUCGAGUGUGAUGUUUUUGAAAUGGCAGAAGGGUUAGGAGGUACCUGGGUUUACACAGAUGACGUAGGAGAGGACAAGUAUGGAUUUCCCGUUUAUUCAGCUAUGUACAAAAAUUUAAGGACAAACCUUCCAAAACAAGUAAUGGGCUUCCCCGAUUUUCCAGUGGCUUCUGAUAAAAAAUCGUAUUUAACACAAAAUGAGGUUCUUGAAUUAUUAAAUCAAUAUGUGGAUCAUUUUCAAUUAAGGAAUCUAAUUAAGUUUAACUGUAUGGUAACAGAUGUACGUCCACUUAAAGAAAAAAAAUGGCAACUUACAUACAUUCACAAACCUUCAAAAGAGUACCAUACUCUUACAUACGAUUCAAUAAUGGUAUGUAACGGUCAUUACAACCAACCUUUUUGGCCCAAAUUCGAAGGACAAGAACACUUUUCCGGUAUUAUAGUUCAUAGUCAUACUUUUAGAUCUGCCCAGAACUUUGAAGGAAAGAAUGUGCUUCUUGUUGGCGCAGGACCAUCCGGGCUGGAUUUAACUUUACAAGUAUCUAAAUAUGCUGAAAAGGUUUAUUUUAGUCAUCACUCCAGUAAGGCAGCAAAGACCAUUUUCCCCGUCAACGUUGAACACAAACCAGAUAUAAAACGCAUAACAGAUGAUGGUACAAUUGAAUUUGUUGACGACUCUUGUUGUUGUGUCGAUGCGAUAAUUCUUUGUACAGGUUACAAGUACAGUUUCCCAUUUCUCCAUGAGUCUUGUGGAAUAACAGUAGACGAUAACUUUAUACAGCCUUUAUAUAAACAUAUGAUAAAUUUAAAAAUGCCUACGAUGUGUUUCAUUGGAAUUCCUUUUACUGUCUGUACAUUCCAUAUGUUUGAUUUACAGGCAAGAUACUUCUGCAAAUUUCUAAAUGGUUCACUGUCUCUUCCAAGUGCAGAAGAAAUGAGAGAAGAUACUAAUAAAGACAUGCAACGAAGAUGGGCAAAAGGAAUUCAGAAAAAGCAAGCUCAUUGUAUGGGAGAAUAUCAGCAGGAAUAUUAUGACGAUUUGGCUAGCGUUGCUGAUACUAAACCAAUCAAUCCAGUAUUAGUAAAAUUACGAGACUACAGUGUACAGCAGCUUUAUGAUAAUCUCAUUCAUUUUAGGGAAAAUAAGUAUAAGAUUAUAGAUCGUGAAACUUUUAUAACAGUAAAUUAAUAACCAAAAGAUUGUUUUUAAUUGUAAUAAAUUGUAAUAAAACAGA